GAGCAACGGAUUUCCUUUCAGGCCAAGGAGUUGCUGCCGUACGAGUGGCAAAAGGCAAAGAAAAUGUUGCGCGCGCGUGCGUGAAGCUGUCCUGGCUCGCUCUUUCUCUCUUUUUCUGUCCGGGUUUCUCGUUCCUUCCUUCCUUGGGUUUCCUCUGCUGGCGGAGGUACUUGCGGGCCCGAACGUCCCAUGGCCGGCAGCGGGGGACCAUGACUGAUUACGGGGAGGAGCAGCGCAAUGAGCUCGAGGCCCUGGAGUCUAUAUACCCGGAGUCCUUUACAGUAUUAUCAGAAAAUCCAACAUGUUUCACCAUCACUGUGACAUCUGAAGCAGGAGAAAACGAUGAAACUGUUCAGACAACCCUCAAAUUCACAUAUGCGGAGAACUAUCCUGAUGAAAUCCCACUCUGUGAACUCCUGUCUCAAGAGAAUCUUGAGGAUAAUGACAUCACAGGCAUACUGAAAUUACUGCAAGAACAGGCAAAAGAGAACCUAGGCAUGGUAAUGAUUUUCACACUAGUAUCGGCUGUGCAAGAAAAACUAAAUGAAAUAGUAGACCAGAUAAAUACAAGAAGGGAAGAGGAGAAGAAACAGAAGGAAAAAGAGGCAGAGGAGGCAGAAAAGCAAUUUUUCCAUGGCACUCCUGUCACCAUUGAAAACUUUCUAAGCUGGAAAGCAAAGUUUGAUGCUGAUCUCCUGGAAAUUAAAAGAAAGAAGAUGAAAGAGGAAGAACAAUGUGGCAAAAAUAAACUAACAGGAAAACAGCUGUUUGAAACAGAUCAUAAUCUGGAUACAUCGGAUAUUCAGUUCUUGGAAGAAGCUGGAAACAGUGUGGAAGUAGAUGAAUCCUUGUUCCAGGAAAUGGAUGAUUUGGAGUUGGAGGAUGAAGAAGAUGAUCCAGACUAUAAUCCUGCUCAUUUAGAUAGUGACUAGACUGAAAUUACUGUACCAGCUGUACUGAUACAACCCAUGUGAACAUUUGUACAGAGAGACACCUACCUAUGUCUUGGUUCCUUUUUUCUUACUUAAUUUCAGGGGACUCUUCCUCUGACAUCUUUCAUCACAGAUAAUAAAUUGACUUCAGUGUUUAAAA